GUGGGGGAAACUGCUUUCGCCCACGGCUCACGAUUCUGGCAUCACUGGACCCGAUCGUCAUCUAUUGUUCAUAGAAGAGAAAGUGCGCUUACUAACAGCGAGCCGUCGCAAGUUCCCCUACAUCUUCCACUUUUAGACCCUGUGUGACGUCAGAGGCUUCACUUUAGAUCGAAUUAGACAGUAUUAACAACUUAACAAAAUGGAUCUUUUAGCUGUUAUAGGUUCAAUAGUUAUAGUUUAUUAUCUUAUUUAUGUGAUUUUGCCAUGGUUUUUAGAUUGUGAUUUAAAUUUAACAUUCCAUGAAAAAUUUGGAAAACCUAUUAGCUCUUUAAAAGGUAAAGUGAUAUGGAUAAUAGGAGCAUCGAGUGGAAUUGGAGAAAAUCUUGCAUAUGUUCUAGCAGAAGCUGGUUGUAAAAUUAUUUUAUCAGCAAGAAGAGAAUCAGAAUUAAAUAGAGUAAAAGCUAACUGUUUGCAGAGAAAUAGCAAUUUAACAAACUUAGACGUUGAAAUAUUAGUUCUGGAUAUCUGUGACAUAAAUAGUCAUGAAUCAGCAUUUAACAAUAUUAUUACUAAAUUUGGCAAAUUGGAUAUACUUGUAAAUAAUGCAGGACGGUCUCAACGAGCAAUAUGGGAAAAAAUUGAUUUGACUGUAGAUAAAGAUAUGUUUAACUUGAAUGUAUUUUCACAAAUGGCUUUAAGCAGACUGAUAGCAGAAUAUUUUUUCAAAGUGGAUGAAGGUCAUUUUGUAAUUACUUCAAGCCUUGCUGGUGUUAUAGCAGCACCAUUCUCUGCUACAUAUUGUGGAACUAAAUAUGCAUUACAUGGUUACUAUACUGCCUUUAAUGUUGAAAAAGUGGGUAAAAAUGUAUCAGUGACAAUUGUAUGUCCAGGAGCAACACAGACUAACUUCUUAGCAGAAGCAUAUACAGAUAAACCUAAUGAAAAAUAUGGAGAAAAUACACAAGAAGAUUCAGUGAAUAAGAUUAGCGCCAGACGUUGUGCUACAUUGAUGGGUAUUGCAAUAGCAAAUAAACUUUCGGAAGUAUGGAUAAGUAAACCACUUGUACUUCAACUAUACUACUUAAAAGUAUAUUAUCCAAAUUUAGGAGCAUUGAUACUCAGAUUAUUAGGACCAAGAUAUUUACUACGUUUGCGAGAUAAUAAAACGAAGAUCAAACAAGAACAAUAAACAAUCUAUCUCUAUUCUAUUAUAUUUAAUUUGAAAAAACCAUUGAUGUUUGUUUAUUUUAAAAAUGUACUUAUAAUAUGUUUUACAUUUACAAAAGUGUAUAAGGAAUUAUAUUAU